AUGAUUUUCUUAUGGACGACCUUUUUGUCUUUUUCCUCUUUCCCUUUUCUUUCUUGUCAUUUUUAUUUUUUUCUUCUCAUUUUUCUUGGUGACCUUUAUCCUUUCCUUACUACGUCUUUUUGCGAUGUCUUCUUAUUUAACAUCGUUUUCUCUUUUUAUAUUUUUUACUUCUCUCUAUUAAUAUUAUUAUUAAUUUCUUCGUCUAUGACUCCUCUUUUUAUGAUUGUCGGCGUCUUUCAAAUCAUUUCUACCAUUUCAAAUCUAUCUAUCUAUCUAUCUAUCUAUCUAUCUAUCUAUCUAUCUAUCUAUCUAUCUAUCUAUCACAUCUGUUCUAAUGUCUAUCUAUCUAUCUAUCUAUCUAUCUAUCUAUCUAUAACAAUUCCUAAUUAUCUAUUAAUAAUUUGUUCAUAUAUCUAUCUAUCUAUCUAUCUAUCUAUCUAUCUAUCUAUCUAUAACUCUCUAUAUAUCUAUAAUAUCUGUUCAAUUAUCUAUCUAUCUAUCUAUCUAUCUAUCUAUCUAUCUAUCUAUAACAGUCUUUUGCUUUACGUAUCAAAUUUUUUCUUCCUUUCUUUUAUUUACUUUGCCCGUAUACUCAUCAUAAAGUUCUUCUUCUUCUUCUUUUUUUCUUCUUCUUCUUCUUCUUCUUCUUCUUCUUCUUCUUCUUCUUCUUCUUCAUCGCUGGUAUCUAUCUAUCUAUCUAUCUAUCUAUCUAUCUUAGUUUGUUCACAUCUAUCUAUGUGUCUGUCUCUUUAA